CGAGAAGAAAAAAAAAGAAAACAAAAUCAACCUUUAAAAACGUUUUUUAUAUCCAACUUUUUUGAACGCUUUUUUCACACCCAACACGACACCAAAACGUUUCUAGUUCUUUUUUUUCCACAUACAGUGAAAGGAGAGGAGAAAAAGAGAUCAUGCCACCAAAUACAGAUUAAAUGUAAAGUAACGAGCCUGUCUUGGAAAUGUAAGAAGUAGAAACCGCGAAACCUACGGCAUGGCUAAAAAUGCCCCCAUGUGGCCCGCGAGUUUGUCACAUGAGAACCUGAUGGUGAGUGCUGAGUAGCCUACACCCUGAAGCAUGAACACAGAAAGCAGCAGUUUGUCUGUGUGUUGGAAGAUGAUUUAUCUUCGUGUUUGUCUCAGCAGACACAGGGAGAGUAAUUCUUCCUGCAGGACAGGGGUGGGUGGUGAAUCGGCUUGGGUCAGCCGCCUCUGUUGUGAACACUGGACCUCUCUUCAUCUCUUCACCCCACGCAUUGAAGAUAAUCACUGCUUGGCAGGACAGGAGCCUGUUUGACUGCCACUGAUCUUUAUCUGUUCUUGACAGAGAGCAGCUCUGUGUGGGUCAAAUAGAUAUUCCGGGGUUCUGAACUGGACUUUCUGUGCAGCUGUUGAAUCUUAUUGUUAUUUCACCCCUCGUUGUGGCAAAGCAUUGAAAGGAACUGCUAAUCUUACCACAGUCUACCAGCUACAGCAGAGAGAGAUAUACCACAACCCUAGUUCCUGUGUCACAGAUGACAGUGAGCUGCUGCAGGAAAGCCUUCCCCCUGAAGCACAACUACACAACACUCAGACACUUCAUGAACAGCUUCCCAACGGAGUGGAUGCUGGUGUUACAGAUGGCAGUAAACUUCCCUUCUGAUGACUCACUACACAGCAACACCCUGGACAGAACACAGGCCGUGUGCGUGUGAUUGAUUUGGAGGUGGGACCACAAGAUAGUAUUUGUGCAGGACACGUCGUCCCGCAGUCCCACUGGAAUGCAGGCGUGAGGAUCUCUAGCUGUGCCUGCGUGCCGGAGGCCUCCGGAGGGGACAGGGUUACAGUCGGACCACAGUGACAUAUCUACCUUGCUGUCUUCAGCAUAUCCUGCAACCGAAUCUGGAUAUACUGCCGUCUUUCUUCUUUCAUGGUGUGUAUUUUGAACGGAUCACUGAAGCCCUAAACACAGACAUAUCAAGCACCACCUUCACUCUCUUUGGUCUUUGUUUGAGUGCACUCUGCACGUGCUCUAGAGCUCACAGCAUGGACUUGCCCUCCAGCCCUGUGUGUGAGCUCAGCAGACCAGGCCCCGGACUUCCCUUCACCCUCCUCUCAGCCAGCUCUCCCUGCUAUAGCCUGCCCCCAAACAGACAGGGGGUCCUGUCAGGGAGCAGGAGGGGGGGAGGGGGCAUGGGGCGCCGCCCAGGGGGCCCCAGAGAGGAGACGACAGAGAGAGAGGCCAGCGUGAAGGACAACAUGACUGCUAAGACGCAGCCUGGGCCUAGCCUUCUUCCCCUGAGGGAGGACAGGGCCAGCGGGGGUGUCUCGGGGCAGGUGGGAGGAGACGGGGGCGUGACGGACAGCAGGAAGCUGAACCUGACCAGUUGGAGUGAGCGAGGGGGUGGGGCCAGCCAAGAGGAGGGGCGCCAGAUCGGAGAGUUCUCUGUGCGCGGGGGAGGGACCACGCUCAGACGGGCCGAGAGUCUGGAGACGAGGGGGGAGGUGGGGGGGGGCCGUGUGCUGUCCAGGGCUUUGAACUCUGACCCCUGUGGUCUGAGGGGGGAGGAAGGGAGGAUGGGGGCUGAAUUGAGUCGGGCAACCCUGGCUCUGGAGAGGGCUGGUGGGGUCCAGUCCCUGCCCACCAGGCUGAGACCCCAGGCUGGGUCUGGGCUCAGGGAUGCAGGGACGCCUGGGACCAGGAGUCAGAGCAUCUGGGAGAGGAUUGAGAGGCUCUACGGUUCUGAGAAAGCAGAGGACUCGAACCCCAGGACCAAGCGGUACUCCGCCCCCAUCGAAGACUGGCCUCUGUCAGAGCUGGACGGGAGCGGAGCCUUCGCCCAGCGCAGGAAGUCAACCACGGACUUCAUCCCCAACUCCUCCCCCAUCAGCCAGUGGAGGAGUGGCUCCUGCGAGGGGGGGGGGGGGCUUUCCUAAGCGUCUUUUCAGGGAAGAGAAGAACGGUGUGGACACAGCGCAGAGCCCUCAGGGCGUCACGCCCUCAGGGUCUUCAGUGUCGGGCAGGGAGAGAGCUCCAGGGGCGGAGUGGCAGGGCCAAGCCCAGAGGAAGCCUCCUGAGCUGGGGCAGAUCGCCCAGAGAAGAGGGGUGCUGGAGUACAACACCAGGUCACUGGACAGGGCCAGGGCUAAACUCUCUGUGGCAGCUCCGAGCAGGGCUGACAGGUCUGCAUACACCCCCUCACCCCCUCCCUCUGCGGAGGACCCAUCCAGGGCUCUCAGGAAUCCAUCCAUCUCUCCUCCACCUGGAGACAGAGAGGAGAGAGUGGGGGAAAGGAGGAAUAAAGAGCUAACAAACAACGGAGAGCGAAAAGGUGGGAUGGGCCGGGAGGGUGAAGGGGUGGGAGAGAGGACGGGGAGCCCAGCAUGCAGGAGAGAUCUGGAGAAGGAGGCCACUUCCACAUCUGAACCAGCAGGGGUCAACCUGGGGUCGAAACUCCUCUCGACCAAUCAGAUGAACAGCAGAGCGACCCCUGACCCCUCCACCAGGACCCUGGCAUGUGUCAGGAGCAUGGCUCACGAGGAGAGCAUGACUGAAGAUGUGUUUGAGCCCAGCCCCCAGAGAAGCACAGCUCAGCCCAGUGACAGGAGGAUGUUAGUGGUUCCCUCCGUGGCCAGUGUGAAGAAUAAGAUCCAGCAGUUUGAGACCCUGACCCAGAAGAACCAGAGGGACUUCCAGAGGCCCAGACGGGCCUUCUCUGUCCCCGAGCACCUGGGCAGGAAGGCUGGGGAGGGAGCCAGCAAGGCCGGGAGGGGUCAGGAUCUGGGGGGAAGGAGAGGGCUGUGGGAAGGAGUGAAGGAGGAGAGGGAUGGGGCGGAUUCAGGAGGAGAACGGAUGAGAGGACCAACGGGUAAUGAGGUGAAGAAGAGCGCUCCAGAUAAAGCUCUGGGGGGGCUCCCGGGCAGAGGA